AUGUUAUUUACUUACCAUCGCUGUUUUACUAUCUCAUCUAGUUGCUAUCAUUUUCUUACUACUUUCUAUCUUAGUAUCUUACACUCCACAUCAAAUAUUAGAUCAAAGCCCCGAGACAAUCAAAAAUUUAUCUCUUCGUCUCUCUGCCCCCCCCCCUCUCUCUCUCUCUCUCUCUCGUUAUUCUAUCUUCUUUUUCUUCUUUUUCUAAACAUUGCUCAUACUCUCUCUUCUUAUGUUCACUCACAAGUGUCUAUUUUGUAUCAUUUAUUUUUAUCUUCUCUCUUUUUAGUCUUACUUCUUUCCGGUCUUUCGCUGAUAUUUUUUUCUUCUCUCUGUCCUUCUCUCUCUCUCUCUAUCUUUCUCUUUCUCCCUCUCUUCUUUCUCUCUUUUCUCUCUCUUCUCUCUCUCUCUCUCUCUCUCUCUCUCUCUCGUUGGGUUAUCUUCAACAAUUCACUCUCUUCGUCGCCCCCAUUCGUUUAUUUAUGCUUAUUGAAACCUCACCUAUUUUUUAAUCUAUCGCAUAUACAAAUUGCGUUUUACGCUUUUCUCUGUCUCUCUGUCUUUCUCUAUCUAACUGUUCACAUCUAUCUAUCUAUCUAUCUAUCUAUCUAUCUAUCUAUCUAUCUGUCUGUCUGUCUAUCUAUUUUCUUUCCCUACCGAUCUCACAAUUUCUCUCUCUAUAUCUAUCUCAUACUGUUCCUAUCUCUAUCACUAUCUAUCUAUCUAUCUAUCUAUCUAUCUAUCUAUCUAUCUAAAUCUUCUUUCCCUACUGAUCUCACAAUUUCUCUCUCUAUAUCUAUCUCAUACUGUUCCUAUCUAUCUAUCUAUCUAUCUAUCUAUCUAUCUAAAUCUUCUUUCCCUACUGAUCUCACAAUUUCUCUCUCUAUAUCUAUCUCAUACUGUUCCUAUCUAUCUAUCUAUCUAUCUAUCUAUCUAAAUCUUCUUUCCCUACUGAUCUCACAAUUUCUCUCUCUAUAUCUAUCUCAUACUGUUCCUAUCUAUCUAUCUAUCUCUCUAUCUAAAUCUGUUCAGAUCAUAAUAUGA